GCCACCAUCCAUUAGUCCCUCCACAUCAAGUCCCAACGAACCCCAAAAAAUAUUCUCAGCACUUGCACCCAGGCAAAGAUUCCAUGGGAGCGAAGCUUUCCUGCUUUUCCAACCACCGAGGCGGCCUCUCGCAGCAGCCACGCCAACCGGCGCCUGUCAGGGUCAUUGCCGCGGACGGUUCGCUGAAGGAACUCCCGGCCAGCCCAGGCGUCACCGUCUCCGACGUCCUCGGCGGCAGCGCCGCGUCCUUCUUCGUGUGCAACUCCGACGCGCUCUACUUCGACCAGAGCCCUCCGGCGCUGGCAUCCGGCGAGGUACUCCGGCCGGGACAGAUAUACUUCGUGCUCCCGGCGGCGUUGCAACGGCGGCCGCUGUCGAGCGCCGAGAUGGUCUCGCUUGCGGUGCGCGCGAGCUCGGCGAUCGCGGACAAGAAGCCGCAGCAGAGGCGGGGGCGCUUCAGCGGCGGGAAGAAGAAGGUGCGCGUCAUGCCGGUGCACGAGGAGUUGGAGGACGGCGAGGACGUUCUGCUGAACGAGAAGCUUAACGAGCGGACGCUCGGGGAGUUCGCUGUGUCGCCGAAGAGCGAAGAAAAGAUCGCCGUCGUGGGAGCGCGGUCGCGGCUGAAGAUGAAGCUGAAGCGCGCUCUGAGUAUCAUUCAAGAGGUUGCUGAAUGAAGCGUACCUCAAAAAGUUGUAAAUACUACUACUACUAGUGUUUUUUUAUUUUAGUUUUUGGUUUUGUUUGAAGCCCAAAUAUUUAAUUGGUUUAGUAGAUUUAGGAUAACAAGAACAUGAAUUCUGCGAAACAGUAUGUGAAUACGUGUCGUUCCUAAAUACUUUUUCCGUCCGAAA